AUGUUAAGGAACCUCAAUGCUAACGAAUACGACAUAGCAUGCAUCCAAGAACCUUUUCUAAACCCUGUCAACCUAGCUAACACAUCAAACCUCAGAGCUUACUGGGAUGUAAUAUACCCCACGGAUCACAACAAUACACCCGACCACACUCAAGUAAUCAUCCUCGUAAAUAAAUGUCUCUUGAAAAACAACUGGCACAUUGUACCAAUUAAAUCACCAAACAUAAUGGCUCUCGAACUCACAGGCCCAUUCGGAAAGGUGUGUAUAUACAACAUAUAU